UUUGUAGCAGAUUUAACGCUAUUUUACUAUUUUAUCCUUUCACAUACCACGUGACUACGUGAGAGAAAGAAAGAGAAACAUUAAUCAACGUCUUCAUCGUUUAUCUUCCUCAUCUUCACCGAUAUCAAUCUCUUCUCUUAUUCUUCAUCAACAGUGCAACUUCUUCUCAAAUCCACAUCUCCCAAUUUCUUUUCUGAAUCCUGUAACCACAACUGAUUUUGUUAUCGUCGCAGUCACACACAUCUCCUUCUCGUCGCUAUGUCCUAGCCACUGUUACAAUAAUUUAAUAUUGGAUGUGUUAUGUAUUCCAAUGAAUAAUUGACUCAAAAAUAUGUGGCUCACAAAAAUCUCUCAGAGUUAUGGAACAUCAAUCCAAAAUCACAAAAAAAGAAGAUUUUCUCUAAUUUAUGAACUUUUCCAUUUGGUUUUCGGAGCUGAAUAUCAAUGGAAGAGUUAGUGAUUGUGAUUGAUUGCUUGAUUUUAAAGAAUCGGUAAUAUGCAAUUCGUUCCAAAGAGAGAAAACACAAGACAUUGAGGAAUUUGGGAUUUAAAUUACUAGUACGCUAACAAAAAUGUUAAACACUACACUUUAACUUAAAUGUUAUAUGAAUUGUUAGUGAUAAAUUGUCAAUCCGAAGGUAUGCUCUCAAUGAAUGUAUCAAUAUAUAUUAACAUACUACAUGUUUUGUUAGCGAGUUAUUUUUCAUAUUAAUGGUUAAUAUAUUUUGUAACAUCUAAGAAAACAUGUUUUGGUUAAUAAAACUUAUUUUUAACAUCUUACCAAUCAUUUUUUAAAGCGACAACAUGUUUUGUAACAUCUAAUCAAACAUGUAUCAACUAAUGACUUGUAACAUCUUAUCAAUUAUUUAUUAGUUAGCAGCACCUACAGUUUGAUAACAUAUAACCAAAAUUGUAUCAGCUCACAAUGCCUAAUUUGUAUCAACUAAUCCAAUAUUUAUCGGUUAACAGCUUGUUACAUAGUGGCUGCAAUUACUUGUAACUGAAACAUGUGAGAUUCAAGUCGUCAUCAUCGAUCUCAGAAAAAAACCAAUUAUUUCUUUGCUACACUCAUGAUCCAUUAGUCCACAUGCUUUUACCAGCUCGUGAAUCAAAGAUAUUUAUUUCGUACAUGCCAUGGAAUCAUUUUAAAUCUUUUAUAUUGUGCGACUUCGAGAAAACCGCCGAAGCGGUUAUGUUAUAUGAUAUUUUCGAGAGAGAAACACUAAUUGGAGCCAUGAGGUGCGCUGAAUGAACAUAUCUACCAGAAGAUAGAUUCACCGUGGUGGAACAUCUUCGUGAGUCCUUUUGUUUCCAUUUGUAAUGUGUCAAUCGAGAUUAUGUUGUUUCUAUUUGUGAUUUUCAUGGAUAAGAAUGGGAGAUGACAACGUCAACAACGGAGGGAAGUGAGUGGUGAAAGUAUAUGAAUUUUUGGUUAUAGUUAAAGAAAUAGAUGGAGGAAAUUAUUUUUAGAGAUAAAAAAGAAAUGUAAGAUGUUGCAGAGAACUUCAAGAAACACGUGAGAGAGAGAAUUUAGAUGAGGACAAAAUCGGAUUAUCCAGUUGUGAGCAGUGUAAAAAACAGUGAAGUGGUAGAUAGCUAAUUAUGGAUUUUUGUAGGUAUAGAGAACCUAAAUACUCUAAAAUAAAUACAAAAAGAAAAAAAAAACAAUAAAACAUCGUCUGGCUACUCCCUCACUUCUCUGCUACACACACACGAACUCCAUCCAUCUUUUAAAAAAAAAAAUAGUAUUUCUGAUUUGGGAAAUUUUCGAAUUUAUAAAAAAAAAAGAAAAAGAGAUUAGAGGUAAAGGGCAAGGUGGGCAUCUCUCUCUCUCUCUCUCUCUCGGGUAUAGAUUCUGUCUUCUAUUGCUGCUUCCUCUUUGGUGAGUACUACUUGUUACGUUUCGCUUCUGAUCGACACAUCUUCAUCUUUCCUCUCCUUUUGGGUCCAUCGAUUCCUGUUAUCCGAUCACGACCCAAGUCCAGCUUUUUUCUUUGACUCUCAUCAACAAAAGGUUUCUUCUUUUCAUCCUCUUUGUUUCCUGUUCAUAUUGAUGUUUUGUAAUCAUGCCUUGUGUCAGUGAAUCAUCGUUUGACAGAAUGGAGUUGGAGUCUUCAUGUAAGCUGUUCAUCGGUGGGAUCUCUUGGGAAACCACUGAAGAUAGUCUCCUUCAGUAUUUUCAGACCUUUGGUGAGGUUUUAGAGGCUCUUGUCAUCAAGGAUCGUCUCACUGGUCGUGCCCGUGGCUUUGGUUUCAUCGUCUUUAAAGACUCCAGUGUCGCUCAGAGAGUCCUUCUCCAGAAACACAUGAUUGAUGGCAAAUCUGUGGAGGCGAAGAAGGCAGUUCCAAGAGAUGACCACAUCUCAGUGAACAAAAGUAACAGUAGCCUCCAGGGGUCCCCUGGUCCAGCACACUCUAAAAAGAUAUUUGUGGGAGGGUUAGCAUCAUCAGUGACGGAGGCAGAGUUCAAGAAGUACUUUGCUCAGUUUGGGACUAUCAUUGAUCUUGUGGUGAUGUAUGACCACAAAACUCAGCGCCCCAGAGGCUUUGGCUUCGUUACAUACGACUCCGAAGAGGCUGUAGACAAAGUUUUGCAGAGGAAGUUCCAUGAGCUCGAUGGUAAGAUGGUUGAGGUCAAAGUGGCCGUCCCCAAGGAAACAUCUCCCAUCCCAAACAUGAACAUUAGCAGCUUAAAUAACUUUGGAAGUAGCAGGAUGAGUUUGUUGCUCAACGAUUACACACAAGGGUUCAACCUGAGUCCAACCUCAGCAAAACCUGAAGUUAGGUACAGUCCAGCGUUGAGUAACCAACGUAGCUUCUCUCCGUUUGGCCACGGAUUUGAGAUUGAUCUGGAUUUUAUUGAGAGAAACCAUAAUCAGAGUAAUGUUAGUAGAAGGCUGUUUAGCCCUGGAUAUAAUGCAAGUCUUAGCAGGUAUGGUGGCCAAUGGAAUGGUUCUGUUAACCGAAAUCAACUAUGGGGGAAUAAUGGUGGUUUGAGUUACAUGUCAAACGCUGAGUUAAGUGGAGGGUUCAAUGGGAACUAUGGUGUAGGAAGCAUAGGAGAGAAGUGGGGAACAGUUGGUGAAGGGCGUAUUAAUUAUGGUAUAAGCAAUGGAAUGGGUUUAGGAUCUAGAGGAGGAGGAGGAGCUCAUAUGAGCAGCUCGGGUUGGGGAAUGUCCAGUGAAGGAGGAGGGAUGCGCGGUUGUGGAUACAUGAACAACACAGAGGAAUUGCUGCUAGCUUAGAGACAUGACAUAUCUACACUUUAGGGAGAUGAGAUGAUUUUGGAGUGAGUUUUAGAGAGCAACUUAUUAGAGUCCCAUAAAUUUUCAAAUUUUGAGUUGCUUUGCUUCUUUUUUGUUUUAAUUUGGAAUUUACUUUUUUUUUUUAUCUUUGUUUUGUUUGCUGUAAAAUGACAAAUACAAAUGGAGGAAAACAAGAAAUAGAGAGAGUUUCAUGUCACUUUUUGGACA